AUGCUGCCAUCCACAGAGGUCCUCCGGCGAUGGCGUGUAUCUUGUAUCUGCAGAUGCAGUACGGCCUGCAACAACAGCGCCAACGUGCCAUGCAAAAUUGAUGGUUUCGUUGGGUGUUGGGUGGUUGUGGGGAUUAAGUGGCUGCUUUAUGGGCGACCAAGGAGCAGGACAUCCAGGGAGCUAAAAACAUAG